GAAAAAGAGGAGCACCACUCGUGGGGUUAAAACCCCGAGAACAAACUUGCUUGGGGAGUAGCAUAGCAGCAGCCGGAGGGAGGGAGGUUGGAGGGGAGGAAGCUGCAAAGCGAGCCAGCGAGCUUAAGCAAAAGCACACCGGAGCAGGAAGCGACUGUCUCAGGCUCCCAGCUCCCUCCCCCAGCCCGCACGCGCGCGCGCGCGACAAGGAAGCGACGAGAGGGAGGGAGAAGGGGGGAGGGAGGAGCGGCGCGGCGAGCGAGCGAGCAUGCUCCCCGGCGGCUGCGGGCGGAUCUGCCGGAGGGCGGCGCGGGGAGCGCGGCGCUAACCGUCUCCGCCUCGCGGCCGCGGGAUCUGACGCCGCGGCGGCCGCUCGGGUUGAGCGAGCGCCCUCGGCGGAGGGCGGAGGGACGCUGCUCCGGGGACGAGAUACUAGUAGAUAUAUAGAAGGAAAAGAUCGCGCCUGGCUUCGGCUUCGGCGGCGGCGGCCAUCUUCGGGUUCCGCAAUCGCGGCGCGCGGUGAAAAAAAGGAACAGGGCUCGCGGUGGAACUGGGAAAGCGAUGGUUUCCUUCGGGAAGGCGCUGUGAUUUGGCCUCAAAAGGAGGAAUCUUUCCUACGCUCCCCCCCUUCCUUCCCCCGCUCUUAUACCGCCCUCAGAUCACGGGGCCGGCAGUCUGAUUGGUCCUUCGGCAACGGGGAAGGAAAAUGAGGCUCUCGUCGUCGUCCGGCAGCGUCAUCCCGGCCCAGGCGGCUUCGCCGGAAGCUGUUGAGGAGCACAAGUGUCUGAACUCGGAGUUGUGGCAUGCCUGCGCCGGACCCCUUGUUUCCUUGCCGGCGGUGGGUAGCCGGGUGGUGUACUUCCCUCAGGGUCACAGCGAGCAGAACUCGAAAAGUUCUCCCUUUUUUACACAAGUCCUUGGUGAAUUUCCGCUGCAGGUAGCAGCAUCAACAAACAAGGAAAUGGAGUCUCAGAUCCCCAAUUAUCCUAAUCUGCCUGCGCAGCUUAUUUGCCAACUGCAUAAUGUGACGAUGCAUGCUGAUGCAGAGACAGAUGAGGUCUAUGCGCAGAUGACAUUACAACCACUCAACCCGCAAGAACUGAAGGAUCCAUAUUUACCUGCUGAAUUAGGUUCUGCCAAUAAGCAGCCAACAAACUAUUUUUGCAAAACAUUAACUGCGAGUGACACAAGUACACAUGGUGGAUUCUCUGUUCCACGUCGAGCAGCUGAGAAAGUGUUUCCUCCACUGGAUUUCACUCAGCAACCUCCCUGCCAGGAGUUGAUUGCUAAAGAUCUUCAUGGCAAUGAGUGGAAAUUUCGUCACAUAUUUCGCGGUCAGCCAAAGCGGCAUCUUCUAACUACUGGAUGGAGUGUCUUUGUUAGUGCAAAGAGACUCGUUGCUGGUGACUCAGUCCUCUUUAUCUGGAAUGACAAUAACCAGCUUCUUCUGGGAAUUCGCCGGGCAAGUCGGCCACAAACUGUCAUGCCAUCUUCAGUCUUAUCGAGUGAUAGCAUGCAUAUCGGUCUUCUUGCUGCAGCUGCUCAUGCUGCUUCAACAAAUAGCCGCUUUACAAUUUUCUACAAUCCAAGGGCAAGCCCUUCAGAGUUUGUCAUACCACUUGCAAAAUAUGUGAAGGCAGUGUAUCAUACGCGUAUAUCUGUGGGCAUGCGAUUCAGGAUGCUUUUUGAGACAGAAGAAUCUAGUGUUAGGAGAUACAUGGGAACAAUCACCGGAAUCAGUGAUCUUGAUUCUGUUCGGUGGCCAAAUUCACACUGGCGUUCUGUUAAGGUUGGCUGGGAUGAAUCAACUGCUGGAGAGAGGCAGCCAAGGGUGUCAUUAUGGGAGAUUGAGCCCCUGACAACUUUCCCAAUGUAUCCAUCUCCUUUUCCACUCAGGCUUAAGCGUCCAUGGCCAACAGGCUUGCCUUCUCUGCAUGGUGGUAAGGAUGAUGACCUGACUAACUCUCUCAUGUGGCUUCGAGAUACUGCAAAUCCUGGUUUUCAGUCGUUAAAUUUUGGUGGACUUGGUGUGAAUCCUUGGAUGCAGCCAAGGCUGGAUGCUUCCUUACUUGGUCUGCAACCUGACAUGUAUCAGGCGAUGGCCACAGCUGCUUUCCAGGAUCCAACGAAGCAAGUGUCAUCCACGAUGCUGCAGUUCCAGCAGCCACAGAACAUAUCUGGUCGAGCUGCGCCACUUCUGUCGAGCCAGAUUUUGCAGCAAGUGCAGCCUCAGUUUCAUCAGCAGCCAUACCUUCAAAACAUCCCUGAGAGCACAAUCCAUGGCCAAGGUCAAUCUGAGCUCCUCAAGCAGCAGAUUCAACGCACCCAAUCAUUUAAUGAGCAGAAGCCCCAGCUGCAACCCCAGCAACAGCAGCAAGAAUCACAGCAGCAAUCACAGUGCCUGCAAGUGCCUCAACAUCAGCAAAUGCAACAGCAGAACAACAUGACCAACUACCAGUCAGUGUCUAAUGCAUUGUCAGCAUUUUCUCAAUUGUCAUCAGCCCCUCAGUCUUCACCUGCGGUGCUGCAAACAAUACUACCAUUCUCACAGGCGCAGAGCUUUGCAGAAACGACUAUCAGCUCAUUGUCUCCAUCUAAUGCCGCCACCAUGCAAAAUACGCUGAGGCCUUUCUCAUCAGAAGCUGCUUCUCACCUGAGCAUGCCAAGGCCCACUGCAGUAUCUGUUGCUGACCCAUGGUCAUCGAAGCGAGUUGCAGUGGAGUCUUUGCUUCCUUCUCGGACCCAGGUUUCGUCACAGAUGGAACAGUUGGAUUCUACGCCGCCUAAUAUACCUCAAAGCUCUGCAUUGGCACCACUUCCUGGAAGAGGGUGCUUGGAUCAAGAUGUGAAUUCUGAUCCUCAAAAUCAUCUCUUGUUUGGCGUUAGUAUAGAUUCACAGUCAUUACUAAUGCAAGGAGGCAUCCCAGGCCUGCAGAAUGGGAAUGAUUCAACUGCUAUACCCUAUUCCACCUCCAAUUUCCUGAGCCCUUCCCAGAAUGAUUUCCCUUUGGAUCACACGCUAAAUUCUUCGGGCUGCUUAGAUGAUGUUGGUUAUGUGCCUUGUUCAGAUAAUUCUGAUCAAGUGAAUCGACCACCGGCAACCUUCGUGAAGGUUUACAAAUCUGGAACCUACGGAAGGUCGCUUGAUAUCACUAGGUUUAGUAGCUAUCAUGAGCUCCGUAGGGAACUAGGGCGCCUAUUUGGCCUUGAGGGCCAGUUGGAAGACCCUAUGAGAUCAGGCUGGCAGCUUGUAUUCGUCGACCGAGAGGAGGACGUCCUUCUCGUUGGCGACGACCCUUGGCAGGAAUUCGUGAGUACGGUAUCCUGCAUAAAGAUACUCUCCCCGCAGGAGGUGCAGCAGAUGGGCAAGCAGGGGCUUGAGCUUCUGAGCUCAGCCCCAGCGAGAAGGCUCGGUAGCAGCUGUGAUGACUACGUUAGCAGGCAGGAGUCAAGAAGCCUAAGCACCGGGAUUGCGUCGGUCGGGUCAGUAGAGUUCUGAAGAGAGGGCACUAAGCGCCCUCGAGCUUAAGGCUGGUCUGUGACACAUGUUUCCUUCGCAUCCCCUGGUUGACACUUGAGAUCCGGGUGGAACUGAAAGCAUCAUAAGACUAAAGCCUAGUCGCAAGUCAUGUACCAUCUAAUAAUUCUGUCAUAUGAUGAUAACUUCUAAGUAGAAACUACCAGCAGCGCCUUUGGUACACAUGUGAAAACUUUGCUCUUCCAUGGAAAUACUAAUCCUGUGAAUGUAGGCUCUCUAAUGAUCA